AUGUCAACUCCACGGGAUUCUUUUUUUAUGGACCAAUGCAUGUAUCUUGCUGCUGUACAAAACUCUUCAGUCCAUUUUUGGUCCGUACGAUAUGAUAAGAAUGUGUUUGAAUCGUCAUUGUCAAAUCCAGGCAUCCGUAACUUGGAGAUCCCUGAUUCUCCUUCCUUGACUUACAAGCCUCAAAUGACAGUAACGUGUUCGCUACGGUCGAUUCAGUGGGAACCUCGGUCUUGUAAGCUAGCUGUUAUUGACAAUUCUGGUUCUACUAUUUUCUUUCGACGUCUGUAUACUGGCAAAAAUCAUGUAUAUGAUCAAAACGCAUCAGAUAUAAGUACUUUCAGUUUGCUAUCACAUAGUUUCACAGCAACUUGCAUAGCUUUUCCGCAAAGAUCAGGAAGAUAUCUAGCUGUUGGGACUAGUGCUGGUCCAAUAAAUUUAUACAAAUGCCAAAAACAAAUUUCUUUUUAUUCGCAGUUACGCUUCAGUAAUAAUUCUGAAAGAUCAUCUUCCAAUGAAAUGCAGCUUAGGUGUGUCAUCUGGAUUUUAAAGGACCGUGUUGUUGCUGCUGGAUAUAGUAAUGGAUCUAUUGUCUUAUUUUUAGCUGCGUCUGGUACGUCUACAGGUGAAUGUGAGAAUUUCAUAUUACCAUUUCCUUCAUAUCCCGAAAACAACAGUCCUACACCUGCAUGUAAUAUUUUUAGAACUUGCGGAAGAAACAAUGAUUGGUUAUAUUGUGGUUAUUCUGAUGGAUCUAUUAUUAUAUGGUAUUUAGACUGGCCUGUUGUUAGGCCUACAGAGAAGUUAAUUUUUUGUCGCUGGGAUCCUAAAUCUUUUCUAUCCACUACGAUAAACACGAAUAACUGUGAAUACUGCAUGGAUAUGGCUUUGUCAAUUGGUGGACGAUUUUUUACUGCAGGAGCACCGGAUAUGAAUUUACGUAUGUGGGAAGCGGCUGUACUUAAAUUAUUACCAAUAAAAACGUUGUCACCGAUUGAUGAACAACAUGGAUAUUUAAGUGUUGCUGUCUCUUUGGACACAAACAUUCUUGCAACUGGCUUAGCAAAUGGUAAUAUUUGGUUUUAUAAUAUACCUGAUUUUACUUCACCUAUCCGUUGUGUUUCCUCAGGAUUGAAUGUUCCAAUAAGCUUGCUUUCGUUCUCUUUUGUUUAUCGGACUAGUGACCAAGUUAAGUUUAACUCCCCAAAAUCCAAUUGGCUUGAAAGUUUACAGGACGAGAACCUUGAUGCGAAAUUGUAUGGAAAUUCAACAGACACACUACUGAGUUCAUCAAAACAACCACUUCAUGAAGUAACUAAUAUUAUACCUAAAUAUCAACCUGAUACAUGGGUAUCAUUAUUUCGUGAGUUUUCCGUACCAGACAUUUCAUUACAUUCAAAUUCCAGUAUGUUUCCAUCAUCUGAUCAAGGUUCUAUAAAAUCUAAUUGGUCAGAAGUGAAUAUCGAUAAUGUAG